AUGCCAGUUACCAAUACCUAUCGUAGAUAUACGUCUGAUGGGACAUUUGGGAUUAUUGCAAAUGAUUCUGUUCCAAUUAAGUAUGUUAGAGACGUUAGUGGAAAGGCUGGGAAGCUUUGCAUUACCGGGACCGGUUCUUCCGUUUCGUUAUGGAACCUUCACACCUCCCUUCCUUCUGGGUCACUUUGUAGAGAUUUGGAGACUCGAUCCGUGUCUGUACUGGCUGUUAAUUAUGAGUCCGGCCGUGCGGAUACCCUUGUUGGGAUUGGAUAUAUGGAUGGCUGGGUCGUAGUGUUUUCAUUGCACUCAGGGAAGGAGGAGGCUUCAUUUCGAGCUGGUUCUCACCGAGUCACUUCUCUCGACAUAUCGGGCUCAUUCGUUGCUUGUGCCUCAGAAUCUGAGUUGCAUUUUCUAGAUAUUGUCUCGGGAGGCGGCUAUCGCCUAAAGGGUCAUCGUGGUGCCAUCACAGCAGUUAAAGUUAUGCCGCGUGCUGAAAUUCUGAUAUCUGGCGGUCGUGACACUUUUAUCAAGUUUUGGUGCCUAAAAACGCAGCACUGUUUCCUCACUCUUACUGGCCAUCCUGGUCCUGUUUGGGACGUUGCCCUGUCCACCGACUGCAAAGUUCUAGUAACCGGGAGUUCUGACACCAACUUACGCCUUUGGAGGAUAAAGUACAAUAAUAGAACUAGUAACAAGGGUGAAAAUGACUUUCUAAAUACCUUAGACGAGCGAAGGUCAAUUGAGGAUAAUCUUGCGCAAUCAAUUCCCCUCACAGAUUACAGUUCUCUACUGGAAAUUGAAUUCUGUGGAACGAUUCCGCGAAAGUCUGUCAAGCGGGUAUUCUCACUGACCUUUGAUCCCAGUGGUCGGUAUUUGGCCUGUCAGACUCUGGAUAAGGUUUUAGAGAUUUUCGUUUUGCUCAAUGGGACUGAGAUUCAGUCUCGUCUGCGAAAGAAACAGAAGAAGGCUAGAAAAACGGGAAAACUGGACCCAUCGGUAAUCAAAUUGACGGCAGUAGAUGAGCUCCGCUGCAUUUUUCGAAUUACUCUGCCUUCAAAGCUCUCUUCUUGCGACAUCCGUGUGGUUCAUUUCAAUUCCGCCGUUAAGGAAGCUGAGGGUCGAUCUCGUAUUCCGAUUUUAUACGUAAGUAGGGUGGAUCAUCGUCUACAGCACUUGCUAGGAUUUUGUAUUGUUUGUCCUUCCCAUCUCCAGAUCCUCUGUGCCUAUCGUAACAAUCUGGUGGAGGAGUACAGUCUGAAGGUUCCUGUGACGUUGCCCACUCGCCCUGUUCUUCUCGCUGGUCCCGUUUCGCGACAACCACAGACCAACCAAAAAGCAGUGGGGAUGGAGUCAGCAGGGUGUGAACUCCAUCUUGUUGGCCGAAUUUCAAAUCUUGGCCAUCGUGCCUUCCCUCUCAGCUGUCAAAUUACCGAGGACGGCUCUGGCAUUUUCACCCUGGCUCAUGGGGAGGGUAAACUGUGGAAUCGAUCGAACCAGACCUGUCUUGCAACGAUAGGUUGGAGCUCUAUGGAGUUACAAAAGUCAUCUCUCCGUGAGAACGUUUCCAUCGUGAAAUAUGGAACGGGGGAUGAUGUGACAAAGACCAGGAAUGUGUCUUUGAAAUUUCAGAAGGCUACCGUUUUCGUACUUGCUCCCGGUAGUCGACAUGUCACUAUUGGCUUCGAGUCAGGCCUGAUCUGCUUAUUCGAUUUGAUCAUGAAGAAGUGUACGCAGGUGCUAGAAGACGCUCAUACCGGUGGGGUUCGAAGUCUCAUUCUCACGGGUGAUCGGCAUCAUUUAUAUCAUCGUCAAAUACGCUCUUUUAGUGGUCCGAGCCUCUACUUGAAGUCUAAUCGACCAGUCCAAUCUGUUGAUGAUCAGGUAACUUCUUUAGCUACCACUCCAGACAAUCGUCUCAUCGCUGUGGCCAUGGUUAAUUUGCAUGUGGACAUCUACUUCGCGGACUCAUUCAAGCGAGUUCACAGCCUCUAUGGCAUUUCUUCUCCCGUGACUUGCAUGGACGUGUCGGAGGACAGCCGUCUGCUCUUAACCGGCAGUGGAGACAAGACGGUUCGAUUGUGGGAGCUUCAGUUCGGCAAUUGUUUGCGGCGAUUCAUUCAGCAUACUGACCCAGUUACGGCUGUGCGGUUUAUGCAUGGCUCGACUCUGGCCUUCUCCGCCGAUCUUGGUGGGACUAUUCGUGAAUGGGAUGUCAAAAAGUUACAGGAGGUUUGUGUGCUAAAGGGCCAUGAAGGUGGAGUCACCGGUAUCGAUACCCUAGCAACUCGCCCGGGUCUUGGUAAACUGAUGCAGAACAAUCGCUCU